UGUGUGUGUGUAUAUAUAUAUGUGUAGAGUGCCUUUCGCGGCAACAAUGGGAAUGAACGUGUAGGGAGUCGAGCGAGUGGCUCCCAUAAAAUACAUCGAAGCUUCAAGUGUUGCGCCAUCCCAACAAUCGGUUCAUGUAAGCAGUUUGAUACGAGGGUGAAGAAGUCACAAGAUGACAGGUUACAGUCGGCAAGAUUUUUUCCGUGAGUUGGCAAGUGGCUGUUUGUUUCCAACCCUGCAACAAGGCAUUGAGCAAGUCUGGCAACUACUGUUCAUCUGCUUGGUCUGCCGACUUUUCUGGCGACUUGGUGUACCCUCAUACUUGAAGCACCUCACUACAAUCUGUGCUGGCUUCUACUCGCUGUAUCUCUUCUUCCAGUUGCACAUGGUCUGGGUGGUGCUGCUCAGCCUCCUCUGUUACCUUAUCCUCUUCCUCUGCCGGCAUUCCAGCAACCGAGGCACCUUUUUAUCCAUCACCAUCCUCAUUUAUUUGCUAAUGGGGGAACUUCAUAUGAUGGACACUGCCACCUGGCACAAAAUGAGAGGCUCACAGAUGGUGGUUGCAAUGAAGGCAAUCUCACUGGCAUUUGACCUGGACCGUGGUGUUGUGGCAGCUAUACCAUCACCUGUUGAGUUCAUGGGUUACAUCUACUUUGUGGGCACUGUCAUCUUUGGCCCUUGGAUCAGCUUUACAAGCUAUCUGCAGGCUUCUGAGAGCCGUAAGCUGACUGCUGCAUGGUUUUUCAAAGUCUCAUCCAGCUGGGUGAAAUCUCAGGUCUGCUUGGUUAUCUCUAACUGUAUCGCCCCUUAUCUCUUCCCCUACUUCAUACCUAUCUAUGGAAAUCGUCUGCUACGCAAAGGGUUGAUUGGAAGAUGGCUGAAUGCCUAUGAGAAUACUGUCUCUUUCCACUACAGCAACUAUUUUGUUGGUUAUUUAAGUGAGACCACUGCCACUUUGUCUGGAGCAGGUUUUACUGAAGAAAAGGAGAAUCUCAAGUGGGACAUUACUGUGUCCAGACCUUUAAAUGUGGAGUUACCACGGUCGAUGGUGGAUGUAGUUACUUCCUGGAAUCUGCCCAUGUCUCAUUGGCUUAAAUCCUAUGUUUUCAAUAGCGCCCUAAGUCUGGGAACCUUCCCUGCAAUUCUGGUGACAUACUCUGCUAGUGCCCUAUUACACGGUUUGAGUUUUCACCUGGGUGCAAUUCUUCUUUCUCUGGGUUUCAUUACAUACGUUGAGUAUGUUCUUCGAAAGCGACUUUCUGUCAUUAUGAAUGCUUGCAUCUUGUCCAGACGUUGUCCUCCAGAUUGUAAACACCAAUACAAGACGCAGAAUCUCUGGGUACGGGCAACCAAUGUUGGGUUUGGCAUGCUUGCUGUCUUUCACUUGGCUUAUCUAGGCUCCUUAUUUGAUGCAUCAGUGGAUGAUGUGGAAGGCGAAGAGGGUUAUGCACCGUCAUACACAAUUCAAAAAUGGUCAGAACUGAGCUGGGCCAGCCAUUGGGUGACAUUUGGCUGCUGGGUGUUUUAUCGACUAAUCUGCUGAACACAACAACAUGUGAAGAACUGCAAUAAAGGGCAAAUUUUUUAAUCUAUUCUGCAUUAUGAUGCAGGCAAUGUUUUGAGUUGCUAGUGGGGUUGCAGGGAAAGGUAUUUAAAUCUCUACUGCAAGCAAAAUAUAUAUAUUUUUAUUGAUAAAUUUGUUAUUCUUUAUGUAUGAAUCCUUAAAUGACAGUUAGAGGUGGAGGUUCAAAAUGGAUCUAACAAAUCAAGGGACUGAAUUCUAGUACAAUAACAAACUUUAUUGAAGAGGAAUGUGCAAUGAUUUUCCCAGAGUCCGCUGUUAGCCUAUUGUCACAGCUGUCCCAAUCCCACACAUGUUCGCUCCAAGUAAGUCUUUUUAAAUAAUUAGAAUGACAGGUCUCUGUAGUUACUGUACCGUUCCUGAGACCUUUCUUCACCUGAAAUGAUUGUGCUUAAUAUUCCUUUUCCAGCAUUAACCCAAACUGUACUGUAUCUGUUCAAACACAACUAGAAUUUUUUAACAAUGUCUUAUAUCUAUGAUAUAGAUUGACAAAAAGAUAGCCAAUAAAUGCAUCAAAUUCCAACUUCUGCAAUAUCAUCAUGUGGGUAUGAUGAGGUUGGCAUUUCUCUUAAGCAUUUCCUGUGGGAUGCAGAGAAGUGCUUACUUUGUCAGCUGACAAUCUGAUAAAAGUAGAGUUUACUUUGAUAUAUCUUCAAUCAGAUAUUACUUUCUGUACUUCUAUGACACACUAACCGUGAAUUCAACAAAGAUUUAUGUAGCUUGUGAUGACCACAUUCUGCUGGCUAGCAGCUAUUCAACUAAUUCUGUAAUAUCUUAGAGCCAGGUUUCAGUGGUGUUUCUUAACCAUAAAUGCUGAAUAAGCACAUGACUAGUAGCAUACAGCGCAUCUUUGCACAGUUGUUAAAGCAAAGUCAAUCAUGGCUGCAUUAGAUUGGUUUUGGGUUUUCCUUUUUUAUGCUUCCUGCCCCCAAGAUAUCAUUCUAAAUGGUGUUGUACUCUAAUAAAUGAAUUUCACUUAAUUAGAAGACCUGUUAUAUAGCAGAUUAAUGAUAAACACCACCCUAAAGUAUUUUAUAUGUGUAUUAAAGAAAGCAUAGAUACAUAGUUUUAAAACUAUCCCAGAAAGAAGAGGUGUCUUACUCAGGUUCAUAGCAUACUCUAAUGAAUGUGUGACAAGACUAUAGAGUUUUUCUGCAAGUCGCACCCAACAACAAAUCCAAGUUUAAUCAACAAAAUAUAUAAUUGUUGCAUAUUUAACUUUUCUUAUUCAAUAUGCAGGUUCACAAUUUGUAUUAUUUCUCCCUCGUUUCUUGUACCUGGAAUUGGUUCAACAAUUCAGAAAAUUCAUGAAUUAAUACAGCUGGAUAUUUUUUUCUGUCCUCAUUAAAGCAGGUCUCGGCUUGGUAAUUUAAAAUGGCAAAAACACAUGCUAAAUGAGCUACUAAUUUGCAGCUUAAACAAUUAAGGUAUGGUACCAGUGUUACAGCUAGAUUUGCACAGGAAUUUAAAAAGAAUUCCAUUAUCGAACUGCGGAUCUUAAUUUAGAGACUGACUUCCCUUAUUAGACAUAUCACCAAACCUGAUUUCUUAAUAUUUAUUCACAGUACCAUGGGCGUUUAUAACUGUAAUUAUGGCUUGAAAUGUUUGUCUUCUUUCUUAAACUUGCUUUAUGAAUUUCUGGGUUGAUGGAAAUCUGGGAGAUGGAAGCUGGACAUUAGUCCAUCUCAGGGCCCACUCAUGCAAACACCUAUGCUCAGCUCAGACAGGGAAUCAUUCGGAAUUGCCAAAUAACCUAACCAGUCUGUGUUGGGGAUGUAGGAGGAAAGCUGGAGUACCAAGAGGUAAAUCCAUAUUGACAUAGGGAAAAUGUUUUUACUUGGACAACUGCCAGGCUUGCAAUUUGAACCCAACAGACUUUCAUUUUAGAUGUUUUGAAUACUCAUAGAUAUUAAAAGUGUCUAUCAAAGCAAAUAACUUUUUUUUUUUUAUUUUCAUUUCUUUCCACACAAAAAAUGCCAAAUGGGAUUUGCAUGGAAACGAGAGUGACAACUCUGGUUUUUAUUAGGUUGCGCAUCUGUGAUUGAUCAGUUUUGAUACAUUUCUCUUGACAGCCAGACCCCCGUUUUGAUUCCUGUCCUCCUUCAUCCUUACUGUAGCAUGCUGCUUUAGCCACCUUCUUAUGUUUACUAUCUUCACAUGGAUGUCUCCCAGAUUUGUUUUGCUGUGUUUUAAUGCAUCAUGUCAUUUAAAGAUUUUACAAAAAAAAAAUAUACAUGUAUUAUGCAGAAUUGUUCUGUAAAUUAUUAAAGACUGAAGAAAAAUAUUUUACAUGAGGUUAUACUUUGUAUUAGUGAUUUCAUUAUUAGUCUAUUCUGUUGUUGUCACCCAUGCUUUUUAAAAUGCAAAUUAUUUUAAAUCAAUCAGCCCAAUCCUGAAUGCACUAAUGUUUCAAUCAUAAACAAGAUUAUCUUUCAAAUUGUGCUAUCCAGCUUCUUAACAUUUAUGAUUUUCAUUUGUAUUUUUGCCUCUUUAUGUUUUUGUUUAUCAGUAUUUCAGUGUUAUUGAGCUUGAUAGAAGCAGUUAUUUUUGAGUUUGGACAAGGAUAAAAGCAGAAAGCACAAAAGUGUUAAAUGGCAAACACAAAAAUGUGCCAAACUUGUAAUUUAAAAGAUAUUAAUGGGAGAGAUGUCCUUUUAUUGCAGUAAAUCUAUUUAAGUAUAAUUCUAGGACAAACUUUAGUGCUGUAAAAUUGUGAUAAAAAGAUGUACAGAGCAUUGCAAUACUAAAUGGAAAUGCACAGUGAAAAUAGGCUUGAAAAGUAAAUUUUGAAGAAUGAAGUAAGUAAAAAAAAAAAAAAGGCUCCAUAGUUUGCUUGUGAAUUGAAAGCCUUUCUGUUACAAGUGUAGAGACAGCUAGCACUAUUUCUCUUUCUCAACUGCCAAACGCCUGGUAGCCAUCCUCCAAAAUUCAACAGAGUUAAUGUACAAUAGUGACUAUAUAGAGUAGCAAUAGCUGCCCAGAAAUAAACUGUUAAAUUACUUGGAGUCUAACACCAAUCUGCAUUCAACAUUUAAACACAUAAGUGAAUUUUGUAAGGUGAGAGAAAAGUUACUGUAUUCUGCCCUGUCUGUAUCAAGAGAAGCACCAGACAUAUAGAAGGCUCAAAAUGCUUGUGGAAGUCAUGAAGCAUGUUUAAAAUGACACAAAGUAAUGCAUUUUUGUGGUGACUUAACAAUGACUUGCAAUUGCGGAAGCUACCCUUUUCAUUAAAUAUAAAAAAUCACUUUUAUAGGCUUUGGGUGCAUUGUUGCUUUUAUUAUGAUUGCACUCCUAGGUAAUUGUCAUUCUUAUUUUUAGAAUUUCAUCGCAAGUCACCCUGACACUGUUGUUUCCCUUUAGCCUCCAGUUAAUAUACUGUAUAAGGUACACAAGAAUACAGUCUAAUGCAGCAACAUUAUUAAUGCAGGUGUCUUACAAACUGAUGCUCAAAUGUUUGAGGCUACGUGUAUGCUUUUUUUUUUUAAUAAAUAAAAACUACAAGGGUAAAACUGUGUCUUAAAAUAUUAUCAACUUGGAAUUACUGCUAUCUUUGUCACACAUUUUCUUAAAAGUUAAGCCAACAAAGCCUAUAUUGGAUUGAACAUAUUGCUGGGUUACAGUAAACAGUUGAAUUUAUUAUCUUUUAUUUUGUAGUGCACAGGUUUUUGGAAAAAAAAUCACAAAUUGAAAAGGUUAAAAUAAUAUACAAAUACACAAAAUACUAUAGCUUUGUUUUUACUUAUAAAACAGAUAUAACACCUACUUGUUACUGAAACUACUUUUUAAAUGACCAAAAUACCAACAUUUAACUGCUGACUAUUUUGUUGUUUGUAGUAUGUAGUUUUCUUUUUAUUCAAGCAUAGUCUCAUCUUUUGAAUUAUUAGCAUGUAUUCAUUAAAUGCUUAAAAUUAUUGAUUUUUAAAACCAAGACCAGUCACUAUACCUUAUUUGGUCAAUGCGAGUAUAAUUUUUGUUCUUUGUGUUUUUGCUAUAGUUAAAAAAAAAAGGAUACUAACUGGUGGUUCAUUUUAGUAAUAGAUAAUCCAAUGCUCUACAAAUUAGUAAGAAUUGGUACAUCCUUCAAUAAAACUAGUCUUCCAGUAAAGCUGUGUUCAAAUUUUUUAAUCACUUUCAAAUUUUUAUCAAUGCAAGAAUAAAUUAUUUAUGUAACACAAUACUGCAGUUUUAAGCCCAGUAACUCUGAUGGAGAAUACUUGUCAGUUAUCUAAACAAUAGUAUUUUUUGAAACCAAAUUCAGUUAAGUACAGGUGCUCUUCAUAUCUCAUUUAAUGUAGUUACUGAAGCACACAGUGGAUUUGUGAACUGAUCAAAUUAAGGCUGGAGUUUCUUACUAAGUCUUGUAUCAUUAUAUUAAACUUGUGUGUGCAUACAUUGCCAAAGUAUUAAAAUAAACAGUAAAAAUGUUUCACUUCUCAUUACUGGGAACGGAAAAUUAAGUCUUGUUUUUGGCUGAUGAUUAAGUUUUCACUCAUCUGUUGUGCUGAAAUGGAAAACUGUCUGAAAACAUAAACUGGUAUUUCCAGCCCCCGAACUGAAAUGGACACCAUCAUUUGAUCGGUCUCUAAAAUAUUUCUUAACGUUGAUUGCGAGACUCAACUCUAUGGCAGCUGACUGUUUUUGGGGAAAAAUAAAGAAAUAUACUGUAUGUAAACUUUUUUGCUUUUUGUAUUUCCCUUGUAUCAUUGUGUAUCUGAUAUUAGUUCUGUGAAUGAAAUAAAAAAGAUUUUUAAUCA